GGUUUUGAUGUCAAAAAAAUAUUGUGUUUUAUACGAAUUCAUAUUUGUUUUUUAAAAUCUAAAAUGCUAAUAAAUCGUAAUUGGUAUGUAAUAGUAUUACAUUGACAAUAGCAUGGGUACAGUAAAAUACUUUUAUUUUAUUAAAAAGCAUUUUUUCCACCGAAGAGUGUAUUACGUGUGUUGUUAAUUUGAUAACCUCAAAAGGCUUGAGGUGAUAACCUGAUAACACAUGAAUGUUUUGUUUUUACGUUAAUGUUUUGUUAUUCAUGAUUUCAAUGUACAAAUAUGCUGCCGGAAAAUCGUAUAGCAUGUUGGAUGUCAGAUAAAAAACUAUGCAAAUUUAAAUGGAAUGAAUUUAAACAAUACUUUGAACAAUAUGGGUACAAUGUCUUUUUAUUGGAUUUAAAUUCAAAUAUAGAGUCUCAGGGACCGUUCUCAGUUUUCCUCCACAAAAUGACUGAUUUUAUAGCUCUAGAAAAGCAGGGAGACUUUAAGAGUGCUGCAAUCAUGCAUACAAUAGAAAAUUAUUUAUCAAAUCAUCCUGAAAUAGUUAUAAUUGAUCCAUUCAGCUCAAUCCGUCAAUUACUAAGUAGAUAUACAGCUUAUAGCAUAAUCAACAACAGCAGUCUUCAUAAGUAUGGAAUAUUUACUCCUAAUUUUUGUGAAAUUACUUCGGAUGACAGGGAUAAAAUGAAGCAAGAAUUGGAAAUGGCUGGUGUUACAUUCCCAUUCAUUUGCAAGCCUAUGCUGGGGCAUGGAUCAAAAGAGGCCCAUCGUAUGGCCAUCAUUUUCAACAAAAAUAACAUAAAAGACUGUAAACCACCAUGUGUUGCACAGAGUUUUGUCAAUCAUAAUGCUGUACUUUAUAAAAUAUUUAUCGUUGGUGAAAAGCAUCAUUUUGUACAGAGACCAUCUUUGAAGAAUUUUUAUGCUGAUGAGAAUCAACAAACAAUAUUUUUUGAAAGCAGUGAUGUGUCAAAGGCUGGAGCACAAAGUAGUUUAUGUAUACUGGACAGUGAAGAAAAAAUGAUUUGCCCUGUUCUUCUUGAUCCAAGUGUUCUACAUAAAAUUGCUUGCACUCUUCGUAAAGCUUUUAAAAUGGAAUUGUUGGGAGCUGAUGUUGUUAUCGAUAAUAACUCUGGAAAGUAUGGAAUCAUUGAUGUCAACGCUUUUCCAGGAUAUGAUGGUUUUCCUCACUUUAUUGAAAGUUUAUUUGAAUGUGUUCAUAAUAAAUUGAAGGCCAAAAUAACACACAACGGACAUAUAUCAUUAGAUCUUAAGAAUAAUGAACAUUCCAUGUAGAUUUUAACUUUAUAAUAAUAUUUAUUUAAUGUGAAACUUACUAAAUGUCAGUUUUGGUUGAUAUUGUAUGUAUUUAAUAUAGUUCAUUUUAUUUAUUUUUUAUGUAAGUAUUAGUACUUUCAAGAACUACGUUUUCUCCAGUAAUUUUUCCUAAUUUGAUUUUACUGAUUAGUUUAUUAGCCAAAGAAAGUGU